AUGAACUCGACUUCAGUACAAUUCAGCCCCGUCAAAGACGGACGACGAAUUCUCGGCGAGAAGGACUCCAACGCGUGUCUCUCCCCCGCCACACAUGCCAAAUCUUUCCUAGGCACUCCAGUAAAGCGAGCAUCAAUUGCUAUCUCGCCGAAAAAGCUCCUCCCCUCCCCUAUAUUUGCUGGCCAAAAACGGACACGGGAUCAAGUGGAUGAGACCGAAGAAAACCUCGGACACGUGCAGGCACGCGAAUCGUCUCUGCAGCCUGCCGUCCAAUGCACAGUCAAUGAUGAUAUGCAAAGCCAGCUCACCCAAACCCCCACACCACAAAAUUCUCAACCCGAACGCGACCAGACACCAGAUCAGAUGGAAACCGAUCAAUCUUUCAAUAUGUCCAAGAACUCCGAGCAAGAAACGUGUAUCAUUCCCCUAGACUCCGACGCGCGCAAAAUGUUCAUCCAACAAAAAGCCAGCCUUCUUCGAUCAAGACUCCAGAGUGCCAUGCGCAAUGUGACAGACCACCAGUUUGAUCGUCGGGUCUCCGAGCUAGAAGCACACAGUCGCAAAUGCCCUAGACUCUCACUAUCCGUCCUCUCCACACCACCUCUCUCAUCCCGCAAACACUUCACAUCCUUCCCUUCCUCACAAAUGAAGACCCCUCGAAUUGGCUACUCCGGCUUCUCCUCGACCCCCAUUCACAGCACACCCGAUCUCCCAGGCCGACCUUCCCCAUUGUCAUCCAGCGUGGUCCAGCAACGCACAGCGUCACAUGCGCAACGAACACCACCCCGCGCUCUCGGUUCCCCAAUGCAGCUGAGCAGUCCUCCAGCCACGGUAAUCCGCCGUGAGCCUGAGAGGAGAACAAGCAUGGGCCCAGGGGCCGAGCUGGGUAUGGAUGAUAUGAACGGCAUGUCACCGUCACAACGAGGCGAUGCCGUCGACGGAUUGCUCAAACUCAUGAGUACGGCUGGGAAUCCGAGUUCAGACUCAUGGACUGGAUGA